AUGAGGACGACGCGAACGUCAUAUUCAAGCCAGGACGACCUGCGGCGUGACCGGUUCUUUCGCUGCGAGCUGUGCCACUACACGAGUUCACGGUGGUGGCACGUCAAACGUCACCAGCUGACCCACACGGGUGAAAAGCCGGUCAAGUGUCACCUGUGCCCGAUGACCUUCGCCCUGAAGCAGACUGCAGACCACCAUAUAAAGAACCAUGCGAAGCGGCUCUACCAGUGCAAGCUUUGCCCGCGCAACUUCGUCCAUCAGAGGGGCCUCAAGAACCACGAAGUGUGGCACAAGCGCCAGGAAUUGAAAUCGGCGGAUUGA